AUGGAGCCUACGAACGGGCCCAGGUUUCCUCACGCUGCGAACCCCCCUAGCUUCCUGGAAUGCCCAUUUCACAAAUACAAUAGCAUCCAGUUCUACUUAUGCACCGACAAAGCUAUGAGAGGGAUGGCAUGCCUCUGGGAACAUAUCAGAUCGAAGCACUUGGCCCUCAAUGGCUUCGCAACGUGGACUUGUCCGAAUUGCCGUGAUGAUUUCUACUUCUAUUCAGGUGGCAAUGAUGUAGGCGGUAAGCUUCCUAGCCGCCAUGAUUCGUCAAAAUGCGUCACAACUCGGCCGGGAGAGUCUGGCGUCUUAUUUAACUCAGAGCUGCAACUAUACAUGAACGCCACCAUAGGUCGAGGAACCGAGGCAGCAUGGCCAAGGACACAUUUGGUGGAGGUCGCGGUUCCUUACCUUACUGCAAAGGCUCGAACCAAAACGCUGGAUGCCGGCGAUCAAAUUCUUGUACUGGACAACAUAUACGCGACUCACAACAGCAUGAGUAGUGAUGCCUCCCAGGAGAACGGAACUCAAACUCUGCAACAGUACCCCGCGAAGCCCUGGCCAAAACCACCACAGGCUCCUCGUCUACAGCCCCCUCAUAACGGAACUCAAGCUCAGCAGCACCUCGUGAAUCCUUGGCAAGCACUACCACAGUCUUCUCAUCUACAGUUCCUCCAGAACAAUCACCAAAGCCAAGAUCUGCAACGACUGCAACAUUUUUACGCCGGGCCAACGCCUAACAAUUAUACUCAAACUCCAUUUUAUCAGCAGCCACCAUAUAGUUCUAACCCACAAACGCUCUAUGACUCGCCUCAACCUGACAUGACAUCUGCGGAGAAUCCUAGCGCACCGGCAAGCUCGGUUGGACAGCAGAACCUCGGUGCUACUCAGCCUCAACACCGGGGACAUUCGACGACGAAUCAAUUCGACAUUUCAUUCAAUUCGCCCUUCAAAGAGUUCAUCGAUACAUCUAUUUGGAAAGACGAUCAAGCGGGUCAUGGUCAGAACAACAAUGAGCCAUCCCUUGAUAUAGAUAACGAGGUAGAAGAUAAUGGUAUUGAUCUGAAGGAGUGGAUGAAAGGCUAUGGGCUUGGUUGA